AGAGGGGAAAGCAAACAAUUUCCAGGCCCGCCGCGUCCAGCCCGAAAUAUGGGGAAAAAAUUACAGAAAAAUCGGAGAACCCUGUAAAAGGCGGGAAGAGGGCGCCGAGGGGAUGCUGAGGCUCCCGCGAUCAGCAAAAAUGGGAAGUUCUGGAUUUUGGUUUGCGCCUAGACAUGUCAAUGGAACUGGUUAAGACCAAAAUCUGAAGGUUUUUCUGCAUUAUCCGUCACCAGUCCCCUUUUGCUUUCUUUAACGACCACAUGAAACUUGAGAAGCCAUCUAAAGCUAAAUCAUUUAGUGGAGUUGGGCAAUUCCCAAGUGUCCAACAAGAAGGCCUGGUUUAGGCUGCGAUGGCCACUGUCAUUCCUGGUGAUUUGUCAGAAGUAAGAGAUACCCAGAAAGUCCCUUCAGGGAAACGUAAGCGUGGUGAAUCCAAACCAAGAAAAAACUUUCCUUGCCAACUGUGUGACAAGGCCUUUAACAGUGUUGAGAAAUUAAAGGUUCACUCAUACUCUCACACAGGAGAGAGGCCCUACAAGUGCACACAACAAGACUGCACCAAGGCCUUUGUUUCUAAGUACAAAUUACUAAGGCAUAUGGCUACUCAUUCUCCUGAGAAAACCCACAAGUGUAAUUAUUGUGAGAAAAUGUUUCAUCGAAAAGAUCAUCUAAAGAAUCACCUACAUACACAUAAUCCUAAUAAAGAGGCCUUUAAGUGUGAAGAAUGUGGAAAGAACUACAACACAAAGCUGGGGUUUAAGCGUCACCUGGCUUUGCAUGCCGCAACAAGUGGUGACCUCACCUGUAAAGUAUGUUUGCAGACAUUUGAAAGCACAGGGGUGCUGCUGGAGCAUCUAAAAACUCAUGCAGGCAAAUCAUCAGGUGGAGUGAAGGAGAAAAAACACCAGUGUGAACAUUGUGAUCGUCGGUUUUACACCCGAAAGGAUGUCCGAAGACACAUGGUAGUGCACACUGGAAGAAAGGACUUCCUGUGUCAAUAUUGUGCACAGAGAUUUGGCCGGAAGGAUCACCUAACUCGGCAUAUGAAGAAAAGUCACAACCAAGAACUUCUGAAGGUCAAAACAGAGCCAAUGGACCUUCUAGACCCAUUUACUUGCAAUGUUUCUGUGCCUAUAAAGGAUGAGCUGCUUCCAGUGAUGUCUUUAUCUUCCAGUGAGCUGACAUCAAAGCCAUUUACAAACACCUUGCAAUUAAACCUUUACAACACUCAAAUUCAGUCAAUGCAGAGCUCAGCUUCUGCUCACCAAAUGGUUGCCACAUCAUUACCAUUAGGAAUGCCUUGUCCGAUAGAUAUGGAGGCUGUCCACCCUUCUCACCAGCUUUCUCUAAAAUAUCCACUCAGUUCUACCUCAUAUACACUUUCUAUGACUGAUAAAGAGCAACCAUUGAAAGGGGAAAUUGAAAGUUACUUAAUGGAACUGCAAAGUGGUAUGCCUUCUUCAUCCCAGGAUUCUCAAGCAUCUUCAUCUAAAUUAGGGUUGGAUCCCCAAGUAGGGCCUCUAGAUGAUGGAUCUGGGGAUGUUUCCCUUUCCAAAAGUUCUGUUUCCAUUAGUGAACCUCUAAGCACCCCAUCACUGGACUUCUCUCAGUUGUUCAAUUUUAUACCAGUCAAUGGACCUCCUUUUAAUCCUUCUGUUUCUGUGGGAAAUCUUGGAAUGAGUUACACACAAGAGGAGGCACAUUCUUCUAUGACUCAGCUGCCUCCACAAGCACAAGAUCCACAAGACCCUAGUAAUAGUAUAGGUCUUGGAUCUUUGCAUUCAUUGUCAGCAGCAUUCACGAGCAGUCUAAACACAACCACAACCCUACCACGUUUUCAUCAAGCUUUCCAAUAGGAUGAAAAACCAGCCUUGCAACAGUUUAUUUGUAGAAAUGCCUUAGAUAACUUUUAUUAAUGUAGUGCCUACUAUGUCAUUG